UUUAGGUUUAUAACUAUAAAUUUCACCACUUUUGAUUAACUGCUGGCCCAUGGUGCGAUGGCUUUAUGCAAGUUUUAUGGUAAUUACUCUCACAGCCAACACUCUCUCAAACCUGUUUCAAUCAUCUCUUAUAAACUGCCACAUAAAAACAACAAUCAAUUAAUCAUAUUCUCAUUCUCAUACUCACCAGGUCGCGAUGAUCUCUCACCUUCCAGCAGUCUUAACGGCUAUUCGGCCAAUGAAAGUUGUGAUGUUAAAAAGAUUAAAAAGGGUCCAGCGCCGCGACUACAAGAGGAACUGUGUUUGGUGUGCGGCGAUCGGGCAUCAGGUUAUCAUUACAAUGCACUCACCUGCGAAGGCUGUAAGGGUUUCUUUCGUCGUAGUGUCACGAAAAAUGCUGUGUAUUGUUGCAAAUUUGGGCACUCCUGCGAAAUGGACAUGUAUAUGCGACGUAAAUGUCAAGAGUGUAGACUGAAGAAAUGCCUAGCGGUAGGCAUGCGACCGGAAUGUGUUGUGCCGGAGAAUCAGUGCGCUAUGAAGCGGCGUGAAAAGAAAGCGCAAAAAGAGAAGGAAAAGCAGACGACAGGCAAUUCGCCGAUUAUUUGUAAGAGUGAGUCAAUAAAGAAUGAGAUACUCGAACUGAUGAACUGCGAACAGCCGUCGCAUCCAACAUGUCCGUUGCUACCUGAUGACAUUGUGGCCAAGUGCAAGGCGAGCAACAUUCCGCCGCUUACACGCAAUCAGUUGGCGGUUAUAUACAAGUUGAUCUGGUAUCAGGAUGGCUACGAACAGCCAUCGGAGGAAGAUCUCAAGCGUAUUAUGAGCACCCCCGAUGAAAAUGAAAGCCCAAACGAUGUCAGCUUUCGGCAUAUAACCGAAAUUACGAUUUUGACAGUACAGCUUAUAGUGGAAUUUGCGAAAGGUUUACCAGCAUUUACGAAAAUUCCACAAGAGGAUCAAAUCACGUUGCUGAAGGCCUGCUCAUCGGAGGUGAUGAUGUUGCGCAUGGCCCGACGCUACGAUCACAAUUCGGAUUCCAUAUUCUUCGCCAACAAUCGUUCAUAUACGCGUGAUGCGUACAAAAUGGCCGGUGUGGCCGACAAUAUUGAGGAUUUAUUGCAUUUCUGUCGGCAGAUGUACUCGAUGAAGGUCGACAACGUUGAAUACGCCCUCCUCACUGCCAUUGUGAUCUUCUCCGAUCGGCCGGGACUCGAACAGGCCGAACUAGUCGAAGCGAUACAAAGUUACUACAUCAAUACGCUGCGCGUUUAUAUAUUAAAUCGACAUUGCGGCGAUACGAUGAGUCUCGUCUUCUUCGCCAAACUACUCUCCAUACUCACCGAGCUUCGCACGCUGGGCAAUCAGAAUGCCGAAAUGUGUUUCUCGUUGAAAUUGAAGAAUCGUAAACUGCCGAAAUUCCUCGAAGAAAUCUGGGAUGUGCAUGCGGUGCCACCCUCCGUGCAAUCACAUAUACAGGCAAUGCAAGCGGAACGCGAAAGUUUAGAGGUCAAUUCAGGAGUCGCCACCACAUCCACAUCAGCGGCAGCCAGCUCAUCGUCUGCCUCACCAACGGAUAUGGUCAGCGGUAGCGGUGGUAGCUUUUCGAAUCACUCGCCCAGUUCAACAACUGGCACAUCAAUUGGCUUGAAUGGUGGCCUAUCAUCAGCGGCGACGGCGGGUACGUCGAGCUUAUACGGCAUGCCACUAAAGCAGGAGUACAUCAUGGGUCCAGGCAGCGGUAUUGGCAUCGGUGGCAAUCUGACGCUUAAGUCUGAACAUUUAAUUGGUAUGCAGCUAUCUGGUGACCACCACAUGAUGGGCAUACAAUUGAAGCAGGAGCAUCUAAUGGGCGGUGGCGACAACAACACGGCGGCAUAGCAGCACGAGCGUAAGCAGCAACAGACGCUGCUGCUCGGCAGUGGCAGACGUGUGAUAGCCGACGACGACGAUGUUAACAUGGAUGAUAGCAUGGACGAUGCAAUUGAUGACGCUGAUGUCGUCGUGGAUGCGAGCAGUAGUAGAAUUAGUGUUACUGCUAUGAAGCGAGGCAGCGGUGGUCAUGGGCUCCAUUAAUUAGCGGGCAAGCAGCUAAUGGAAGAGAGGGAUGGGGGACUAGGAGGGCGAACGGGAUUAUUGUUAUGCGCAGCGAGCGUGGCACGCACAUUUGUUUGAUUUAAUAUUAAGCUUUUGUUUGUUGUUAAGCGGUGGGGAGUGAGCGUGCUGCGCAGUGCUGCUUAGGCGAGCAGUUGGCAUGAAUGUUUGGCAGCUAGACAAGCUAUUAAAGAAAUUUGCGGUCAUACAUAUACGUAUGUAUGUACGUGCAUAAAUAUGUACAUAUGCAUGUAUGAAUGAAUGUUUGUGGGGUGUGUACAUAUGUUAAAUUUUGUUGGUUUAACUACUGUGCAAGCUAAAACAAGAAAAACUGCAGUUAUUUAGUGAUUAAGUGAAGGCGCGUGCAAGCGUUGCGACGGACAGUGGUGCAGUGGAGCUAAGCAAAAAAAAAAACAGUUGUAAAUUAUACUUGACACUGCAGCAGCCAUCGUAAACCGUACGCAUGCGCCAUUUUGUAUUUAUACAUUUAAAUAAAGAAGUAAAACUGUAAAAUCGAAGACGAUAUGUUUCAUUUUUUUGUUU